CCCCCCUCCUGGACCUUGCCAAGCUGCAACCAAGAUUAAGCCCCUGCCACAUCCCGGUGCUCAAGGGCUGGAUUUUGCCCCAUCCUGCUAUCCACACCAGGGACUAGAAGUCUGGAUCCUUCAUUUUGCUGCCAGGAACUGAAAAACUCCGUUGAUCUCUUCCCCACCUGGAACUAAGUGUUUGGAUUCUGUGUUUGUUGCAGGGGCUAAGUAAGUGGAUCCAGCCUGAUCCCACAGGGGCGAGUUGAUCUGAAGGAAUCAUGCAAAAAGAGCAAGCUGGACUCCUGAAUGUUCUGCCUGGGCAGCGGCCGAAAGAUGGAGAUGUCCAGGUGACUGUGCGCAGCUCCAGGUGUGGCGUGCCUAGUGACUUGACCGCUCAGAGAGUACCGCUGAGGAAGACCCUGGUGGCUUUGGAUAUCCUGUGCCUCAUUGUGGCCUCCACGCCGUUCUUGAUCUGUGAGGUAAACAUCAUCCCCCCUAUACGCCGCGGCUUCUUCUGCAAUGAUAGCAGCAUCAGCUACCCGCUACAGCACGCCGAGACCAUCAAUGACCUGGUGCUCAUCUCGGUGGGCAUCCUUAUUGCUGCUCUAGUGAUUAUCCUCGGGGAAAGCUGCCGGGUGCACAGCCUGCCCCAGGCUUCGCAAUCCCCCCUGUCCAACCCGUACGUGGUUGCCCUCUACAAGGAAAUGGGCGCCUUCCUGUUUGGCUGCAUGGUGGGCCAGUCGUUCACCAACUUGACCAAGGUUGCUGUGGGCCGCCUGCGGCCGCAUUUCCUGGCUACGUGUCGGCCCAACUUCACUCGCCUCAACUGCGCUGAGGGAUACCUGGAGGACUACGUCUGCACUGGCAGCACUUCUGCGGAAAGAGAGGCGAGAAAGUCCUUCUACUCCGGCCAUGCCUCCUUUGCCAUGUAUACCAUGAUGUACCUGGUGUUUUACCUGCAGGCACGGUUCACCUGGCAGGGUGCUCGAACGCUACGCCCCCUGGUCCAGUUUGUGCUGUUGAUGCUGGCGAUAUACACGGGGCUGACCCGCAUCUCUGACUAUCGGCACCAUCCUUCUGACGUGGUGGUGGGGCUACUACAAGGAGCAUUCGUGGCGUACUGGGUGGCCUUCAACGUCUCCAGCAUGUUCCAGUGCAAACACCAGCUUUACCCCGCAUCUCCGUCCCUCAAGGUCACUCCCAGCCUCGACUGCCACACAGACUGCUAGGAGAUGCCAGGAACAGGCUGCUCAGGGAUGCUCGCUGACAAUCGGGGAGGCCUUCUCUGUUUUUCUGGCCGAAGGGGCCUUGACCAUUUGUGCCGGUGGCUUGGCGUUCGCCACCAUGCUGACUGCACGGGCACCAGAUGGCACAGCCGCUGCCUUUACUGCCUGCUAGGGGCUACUGGGGGAUUUUGCUUGUUGCAGUGCCGACUUCCACGGUUGCGCCAACUGCUUAAAGCACCAGGAAGGCAAGAGGGUAAUGCCCCAGGAGGGCGCCUCUGUGCCAGCACCAAAGAUUCCUCCUGGUCUGGUUUCCCUUUGGGCUUGAACACACCAAGCCACUCUUCAUUUCCUUGUGAGCUUCCCCUUCGUCAGAGGACAUUAUGUCCACAUCACCACUAUGGUUUUGAGCUUCCUUUUAGACUAUGGUUGCAGAGGACGCUCCAGAAGGAAAUCCCAUCUUUUUACCAUUGCUCUUAUUCAGGAAGACCUACCCUUCCUCCUCAAUGGUACUGGAAUGAUUCCACCACUGAAGUAUUAUGUACUUGUGCUGCGUCGCUAGGAGGAGGACUGAUCCGCUGGAGGAUUCUAGCAGUGCAUCUCUGCUGCUUGAAAGGCAGUUGUGUGUCUUGCAGAAACAGGCGCAUGAAGGAAUGAACCACAAAUCCUGAAGCUGGAGGGGACAGGAGGAGAAUCUCUACAAAGUCAUGGAGGACCUGUGGGCUUCUACCACUUCAUUGGUGCUCCCAGAUGCUGCCAAGUCCCACAAACCCUCCACUCCCUCACCUCUUCUACCCCACCCCAUAAUGUGAAUUGUAUUUCUUUUUUGUAAUAAAUGGUACUGACAAUCA